AAUUCAACCUGCGGCCACGCUGGAUACGAUUCUAUUGCACCUUUCGCUGCGCGUUUUUCCUUGUGUUUUGCUUGUUUAUCUUAAAGAUAAUAUACAUUUUUGAUAUUAACUAUAAAAAUUGAGAUAUUGUGCGACAACUGAUAUUUGGGAGUAUUAUACAUAUACAGACAAUAUUUCUUUAAACAAAGUUGAAGUGCCAUGGCUGAAACAGAGACUAAACACGCUGAACCACAUCAUGAUGAGGAUGUGCACGAUUCCAACUACCAAGCACCACCGGAGAAGACCAUCGAAGAGAUAAUGGCUGCCGAUCAGGAGGAUGAGAGCCUGCGAAGAUAUAAGGAGGCACUACUCGGUGCCGCACAGGCCGAGAAGAUUGUUGUCGAUCCUAAUGAUACCCGUAAGGUGAUUGUGAAAAAACUGGCGCUAGUCGUGGAGGGACGUGAUGAUAUGGAAUUGGAUUUAAGUGGCGAUAUUAGUCAGCUCAAAAAGCAGCUCUUUGUGAUCAAGGAAGGUGUUCAAUACAAGGUGCGCAUUGAUUUUAUUGUGCAACGCGAAAUCGUUCAUGGCCUCAAGUAUGUGCAGAAGACUUAUCGCAUGGGUGUGCCUGUGGACAAGAUGACGCAUAUGGUUGGCUCCUAUCCGCCCAAGAAGGAAAUCCAAUUCUAUUUGACGCCAGCUGAAGAGGCGCCCUCGGGCAUGGUCUCGCGUGGCACUUACUCUGUCUCGUCUGUGUUCACGGAUGAUGAUAAGCACAUACACUUGAAGUGGGAUUGGACCUUUGAGAUCAAGAAGGACUGGGCAUAAGACACCGCACACACACAUGUACAUCUUGAAACACUCAGACUCACACACACACGCAAACACACAAAAAAAACCUCCACAUCCGCAAGGAAACACACACAA